AUGGGUGAAUUGAAAAUCGCCGACUAUACUGACUUAGAUCGUCUUGCAGCUGAGCAUGGGCUGGAGUUGACGCCGGACGGAGGCCACUUGCGAUGGGCCAAGUCCAACAGGAAACAUCCUCGCAACUGGCGCCCAGCACGCAAAGCGUAUGACAUCGCUGUGAUUGGCCUCUUGGAGUUUUUCACGACUGCGAUGAGUACAUCCGGGGCAUCGACAGCGCAAGCGGCCCAGCUUGAAUUCGGAACCUCCAAGACCUUCACGCUGUUCCUUUAUGUCUCCACAUACCUGUUAGGCCAAGGUCUUGGUGGUGUGGUCUUCCCCCCAUACUCAGAAACAUUUGGUCGGAAACGACUUUAUAUUCUCAGUGCUUUGCUGUAUAGCGCAUUUUGUCUUCUGAUCGGCGCCUGUCCGUCAUCCAGUGCUCUGGUCAUAGGUCGAUUAGUCACCGGCUUUCUGUCUGCGAUCCCCACGAUAGUAAUUACAGGCAGCAUUGAAGACCUUUUCAACUCACAGGAUCGCAUUUGGGUGAUGCUGGUCUACGUGGCCAUGGCUUGCCUUGGGGUUAGCACGGGCCCUAUCAUGAGCUCCUACAUCACCUAUCGAUAUGGUUGGAGAUGGGUUUUCAACAUUGGAGCGAUCGUCACGUGUGUUCUCGCCUUGAUGCUCAUGUGUAUCAAGGAAUCGCGACCCUCUUUGAUCCUGGCGCGGGAGGUUCAAGCGCUGCGCAAAUUGACUGGUAAUGAAUCGCUGCUGGCUCUCAACCCUGACUUUAUGCCCGACCUUCGCACCUUUGCUCAUAUCGGACUGUUUCGCCCUCUCCGAUUGUUUUUCACGGAGCCCAUCGUCUUCGUCGUCACCAUGGUAUUCUCUGUUUGUGUAGCUCUCAUCUAUCUGUUUACCGAGGCUCUUCCACCCAUCUUUGAAGCCUUUGGUUUUGACACUGAGACGUCGAGCCUUCCCUUCCUUGCACUUGGCUUGGGGUUUGUUCCCAACAUUGCAACCCGCAUUCUGGACUACCGCAACACGCAGCGGCAUCUAAAAGAGGGCCGCACCAUCAAGCCGGAGGACAAGCUGACCGGGAUCUACAUUGGGGCGCCGGUUCUUGCCGUCUCGCUGUGGUGGUUUGCUUGGACCAUUCCGCCGGCCGGUGCAGACAUCCACUGGUCGGUGCCGGUGGUCGCCCUCUUCUUCACCGGGUACGCCCUCAACGAGAUGGAGGUGGUCGUCUCGCAGUACAUGGCCGACUCUUAUCUGAGCUACGCGGCAAGCGGAUUCGCCGCCUUGUCGAUCGUCCGCUCGCUUCUUUCCGCCACCUUUCCGCUGUUUGGCAGCACGAUGUUCGAUGCGCUGGGCGCUAAUAUCGGGGUCUCGAUUCUGGCGGCGAUUGCGACGGUGUUUUGUGUGGUGCCGCCGCUGCUCGCCCGCUACGGGGAACGCAUGAGGAAACAAAGCAACUUCGCCAAGUACAGCUUACAGGUAUACGCGGAGAACGGUGUUGACUCGGACUUUCGGUGA